GUCAGCCCAAUCCAAAAAAAAAGACAACAACAAUCGCUUAUACAAGAAAGCUCCUGCAUUAUUUCUAGCGGAAUCAAAGCGGAAACGUCGCUGUCGUAUAUUUUGAUUAUAAUUUUAUCACGGUGGCAUCGAACCAGAAAUGGUUUCUCCUGUCACAGUGGUGAAGAGCGAAGGACCCAAGCUAGUUCCCUUCUUCAAGGCGACCUGUGUGUACUUUGUGCUCUGGCUACCUACCUCCAGCCCCUCCUGGUUCAGCGCGCUCAUCAAGUGUCUGCCCAUCUUCUGCCUCUGGGUCUUCCUCCUUGCCCAUGGCAUCGGUUUUUUGGGUGCCCACUCCAGUGCCCGAAAGAUCCUGGCCGGCCUCAUAUUCUCCUCCCUGGGAGAUGCCUUCCUCAUCUGGCAGGAGCAGGGUUACUUCAGUCAUGGGCUGCUCAUGUUUGCCAUCACCCACAUCCUGUAUUCCUCUGCCUUUGGGAUGAAGCCGAUCAACUUGCCGGCGGGUUUGGUCAUCGCCGCCGCCUCUGGUCUUAGCUAUACCCUGCUCUACCCCUAUCUGUCAGGCCCUUUCACCUACCUGGUGGCCGUCUACAUCGCCCUGAUCGGGUUUAUGGGCUGGCGGGCCAUCGCCGGGGUGCAGCUGGCCAAUGACCUGUGGACCUGGACGAAGCUGUCGGCCUGCUUGGGGGCUGUGCUCUUCAUGGUGUCCGACCUGACCAUCGCCGUCAACAAGUUCUGCUUUCCCGUCCCACACUCGCGUGCCAUCAUCAUGGCUACCUACUACGCCGCCCAGAUGCUGAUCGCCCUGUCCGCUGUCGAGUGCCAGGAUGUCGAAAUGUCUCGGAAGCGGGUGUGAUGCCGUCUUGGGCCCCCCCCGGGCUCCCCCUCUCAGGCCUUCCUCAGCAUCGUCUCCCUUGUGUAGCUCUUUCUGUUCAGCUUAGUGGAGAAUAAAUGCAGGUGUUCACUAAGGGGGGUGGCUUACAGUAGGAAAUGCAUAUCGACGGAGGACUCUGUAGACCCAAUACCUUCUAUCUCUUCGAUAGUGCGCCACGCCCCCUCAGAAGCCCCGUUCCCUCCCCCCUACCUACCUGAAUUGAAGUCUGUGGUCCAACACUAAAAUUUCAACUUGGUGCUGUUUCAUACAGUGUGGUACCUUUUAUACCUUUGCUAAAAGGAAUCAUUUAGGUGACCGGCUGCGUGUCCUUCGCACAUGCAGCUGACAGCCUUCCAGCUGUCAUUGUGCUUUUUG